AUGGCUCACGCUCAAGUCGUCGAUUGUUUUGAAAUCAUAAUGCUCCGAUGGGCUGAUAUUCAUCAUCCUACGAUGAGUUUCAAAGGAGAUAUAGAAGCUCUCAUAUAUGGGUCAAAAUACAUCAAACAACUCAUCCCAGCCGUCGUGAAUAUCGUAUAUAGAAAGCUUCUCCAAUAUGAUAUCACAUCACGUGCUUUCACAACCCGUAGCACUAGUUACGAGGGUCCGCUAGAUGAGAUGCCGGAUGAGGAUAGUCCUCAGAUUUUACAUCGAAAGAUGUUCCUAAAAGGCUAUCUCCAUAAACUAUGUUCAGAUCCCAGCCAAAUGGAAUUCUGGGAGUACCUCGACAAAGUCGGAAUGAUGCACGUAGGACGCGGUCGCGAGCAUCCUCUACAUGUCGAAUACGUCCACAUAGGAGUUUGUUUAGGAUUUGUCCAAGAUAUCAUUUUGGAAGCAGUUCUCUCGCAUCCGAAAUUAAGAAUGGAGAAAAAGAUCGCGGUGGUGAAGGCGAUAAACAAGGUACUGUGGAUUCAGAAUGAUCUCUUUGCGAAGUGGUAUGUGAGGGAUGGAGAUGAGUUUGCAGGGGAGAUGGAGGAAGUUAUGGUGGAGAGGGAGGGCUGGUUGAAAGGGAAACAGGUUAUUGAUGGAGAGGAAAAGCCUGAGGAGGAAGGGGAGGGAAGUGGUGAGAAGACACCUACGGAAGAAGAGAAAACGAAUAAAGUUUCGACGUCUUGUCCAUUUGCUGGAUUCCAGGUUGAUAGGAAUAGUAGGAUCUCCAAAGCAUAG